AUGAAAACCCGCGAUAAGAAACCCGCCCCAAAGGAUGAUAAGCUGAGCAAGGGGAACAAGGCCAUACCCGUCAAGACGAGUUCAAAGAGGAAAAGAGUCGAAGACGAUCAUGUUCACGAUCAUGUCACAGCUAAAAGGACCAGUCGUGGCGGUAACGCCAAGACGAAGACCAGGCGCCUUGGUAGUUCCGUCCUUCCCAAGCCUCAGAAACCGAUCCCCACCGCCAAGAAGCAGGAACGCAAGGUUUCCGAGACGGUGAAUGAGGCACCGAGGCAACCUCUUGAUGUUUUCGUCUUUGGUGAGGGUUCAGGUGGAGAACUGGGGCUCGGGAGCAAGAUCGUCGAAGGUCUACCGUUAACUGAUGUCUCGAAGCCCCGCCUAAAUACGUUGCUCUCUUCGGCGGAUGUUGGCGUGGUGCAGAUCGCCUGCGGUGGCAUGCAUGCUGUCGCACUCACAAAGGACAACAAAAUUCUUACUUGGGGCGUGAAUGACCUCGGUGCCCUAGGUCGCAAUACGAAUGUCCCCGAAGAGGAGGACGACGAGUUGAAUCCCGCCGAGAGCCACCCAGGGCCGAUCGAUACAUCCGGCCUUGAUCCGUCGAUAGUAUGGGUUCAGGUGGUAGCUGGGGAUAAUGCCUCAUUUGCUCUGACCGAGGAUGGCAGGGUCUAUGGCUGGGGCACGUUCCGGUCCGACGAAGGCAUCAUAGGAUUCAGUGACAAAGCCCGGAUACAGGCCACUCCUGUUCUUGUCCCCGAUCUCAAAGAUAUUCGACGACUUGCCAUGGGGACUAACCACGUGCUAGCCCUUGAUGGCAAAGGGAAGGUGUUCACGUGGGGCGCUGGCGAUCAGAGCCAGCUGGCUCGGAGAGUCGUCGCUGGGCACGCCAAGUCCGCCCUUAGACCUGCCAGCAUUGGACGUCUGCCCCUGCGCGGUGCCAAGGCUGUCAAGAUUGCCUGCGGGUCUUACCACAGUUUCGCUAUUGACCAAGAAGGCCGUGUGCAUGGUUGGGGCCUCAACAACUAUGCAGAGCUCGCCAUUGCAGAUGGAGCAGGAGAAGAUGGCGCGGCCGUGUUGAAACCGUCCUUAAUCCACGCCUUGGAGAAUUACAAUGUCGUCGAUAUUGCCGGCGGGGAGCACCAUUCGCUCGCUUGCACGGCUGAUGGAAAACUACUUACCUGGGGCCGGAUGGAUGGCUGUCAAGUCGGCCUCAGAGAUGAGGUUUUUACUGAAGAUAACACUAUCUAUGAUGAGCGGGGCAAUCCUCGCAUCCUCGUGGACCCCACUGAGUCGCCAGACCUCCCGUUCAUCUCACUUGUCGCUGCUGGGACAGAUCACAGUUUCGCAGUUACAAGUAAAGGGAAAGCUUACUCCUGGGGUUUCGCAGAUAGUGGCCGGACGGGCCAUGACGUGGAGGCCGAUGUCGAGAUUCCGACGCUAAUCAACUCGAAGCCGGUCCGGGAGAAGAAACUGAUUUUUGCGGGGGCUGGCGGAUCAUUUUCAAUCCUCGCUUCCGCGGCGCAGGACGAGUGA